AAAAUGGCACAGGAAAGAAAAUCAUCAUCGACCCGGCUUUUAGUGGCAGCAAUUGACUUUGGAACAACGUAUUCGGGCUACGCUUACUCCUUCAAAUCGGACUGUACAAAGAUUCUUAUGAAUAAAUGGGAGGGUGGCCAACUGACCUCCUAUAAAACACCGACAUCUCUCUUAUUGAAUCCAGACAAGUCUUUCAAUUCCUUUGGUUUUGAAGCGGAAAAGAUUUAUUCUGAUGUUGCAACAGAUGGAGAGGACGAUGAAGGUUACACUUGCAAAGAUUAUUAUUUCUUUCAGCGAUUCAAAAUGAUUUUGAAAACCACUCUAACAAAGAGAAUUCAUCGAGAAACAAUGCACAAAGACAAAGACGGACGAGAAAUUGAAGUGAUGCAAAUAUUUACCCAUUCUAUCAAAUAUCUAAAAGACCAUCUUAUGGGAACUAUAGAAAAAAGUACCAUUGGCAAGAAGUUAAGUGUGAAUGACAUUGACUUUGUACUCACUGUACCAGCAAUAUGGGACGACACGGCAAAAAUGUUCAUGAGAGAGGCCGCUGUAAAUGCUGGAUUACCAGACAAACAAUUGCAAAUUGCUUUAGAACCUGAGACAGCAUCUAUUUAUUGCCAACUGAAGCAUGUUUAUAGUGUUGAACAGGACGAGGAAUCAUGGGCAAAGGAAUCAGGCAUGAAAUAUAUGGUUAUUGAUCUUGGAGGUGGAACUGCUGAUAUAACUGUACAUCAGCUUCAAGAAAAUGGGACUUUGGCAGAAGUGGUACCAGCAAGUGGUGGAGAUUGGGGCGGGACGUGUGUUGAUGAGGCCUACAGGAAUCUGCUAGCGGACAUUUUUGGAGAAGAUGUGAUGGAGACAUUCGAUGGGGAGUUGGAUUAUAUCAUAGACUAUAUAGAAUUCUGGCAAAAUUUUGAAAUAAAAAAAAGAGAACCACUUAGGACUAAGUUGUCAGAAUUGGUGCAUCUUACGAUACCUAUCGCUUUUACUGAAAUAGCCAAAAAGAAAUUAGGCAAAAAAGGGGGACAUGAUGCAAUUAUGAAUGCGCUUAUACGGGAAUCAAAACAGAGAAAUGAAAAUUUAAUCUGUAGACAAGGAAAAAUUGUGAUGCCCAUUGAGUUCUACACGAAAUUAUUUACCACAACGAUUGAUAAACUCAUCAAACAUUUGUCUCAGAUGUUCAGAGAGGAAGUGGGGCCGGAUGUGGAUGUCAUCUUGUUGGUUGGUGGUUUCUCUGAGUGCGAACUGGUACAAGAAAAACUCAGGCAAAAUUUUGGAAAUAAGCGUUUGGUGAUUCCUUAUGAAGCAGGCCUUGCUGUUCUGAAGGGGGCAGUUCUUUUUGGUCACCACAAGGAUUUGAUCUCACGUCGAGUAGCGAGAUAUACAUAUGGAAUUCAAACGUGGCCAAAAUUCGACAAAACAAGACAUUCUCUAUAUAAAAAGCAGAAGAUAAACGGCGAGGACAGAUGUCGGGAUGUAUUCUUGAAAUUUGUUUCCAAGGGUGAUCCCAUAGAACCUGGUCUUAAGAAAUCUUAUAUUUUCCAAACUCUCAAACAAGGAGAAAAAAUACUCGAGUGCGGAGUCUUCAUCUCCAACAAAAAGAAUCCAGAGUACGUUGACGAAGAAGGCUGUUUUAGACUUGGGACUCUUGAAGUUCCAUUGACAAAUUCAGAACUUAGGACUACUAUGGAGAUUGAGGAGUCCAUCAUUUUUGGUGAGACAGAAAUAAGAGUCACAGCGUGCAACUUUGCUACUGGCAAAGAACAUGAAAUCGUUUUCGAUCUUCUCUCACCAAAAAUCAAAAUACCCAAUAGUAAAAGUUAAUAUAGGUAAAA